GAAAAGCUUAAGCAAAGUAAUUGUGGUUUUGCUUCUAAAAUUCAAAAGAAGAUGAGAAUUAUAGUUGUUGGCCAGGAUGCUGUUGUUAACUGGAUUUUGGGAGUUAUCUGUGAUCUUAAAUUGCCAGAGUCACCCUCCAUUGCUCCGGUACCAAUACCGUUCUACUCCAGUGGAAUCGGUGCUUCGUUUGGAUGGAAGGACAUUUUGAAUAAAUCACCGCUGCAAUCGUUACUUCUUGAUGUAGUACUGGCAAAACCGUGGAGAACUGACAGCUGGCAUUGUUUCAUUAGGAUGAAACACAGUCAAUCUUCUACAAGUCAACAAGGAAAACCAUAUUCCCUAAACCGAAUACCACAAUGUUUGCAUGAGGUUGGAGAUGUGGGAAAAGCGGAUAAUCCAACAUUAUACGGACGAUUUUGGUACGAAUUCAGGCUGGACGUUCCAAGAAACGGCCUAACCUCAGUUGCAAUAGUAAAGGUGUUGAAUCAUCUUGGACAGUGGAAAAUGCUUCACAUGCCUGGAAUCAUCAAUUCAAUUUGUUGUCUUAACUUGCCUAUGUUUGAUCAUACAAUACAUCAUCGUUGGGUGACAAAAAAUACGAUGGAAGAUGGAAAAACACCCAAGAACCCAUCUUUCGUUCCAUCUUUCAUAGACGAUGGGCGCCUCGAAGUUAUCGGUCACAAGGACUGGGGCAGCGACUGGGCUCUCCUUGAUCAGGUACGAGGAAUUCACUUCGAGUUUAUAGAGGGUGCACAAGGGUCAGCAGCGUACAUAAUUAUUGAUGGUGGAGUAAAUGGGAUGUGGCAUAUCCCAACUAAUGACUUGGUUGAGAUUGAAAUCUCUUACCACGGUCAAGUCAACAUUCUUGCCCUUCCAGAUUGCGCAGCAAAAAGUAUCCAUCACUCCUCACAAUCCAGUGUUUCCCAAGCUAACGCUAAGGAUUAGUCUUAAGGGCUUGUCCAAUAUAGAUUCCUACAUUUUCUAU